CUCACACACACAACCAAACUCCCUCCCUCAACUCCAUCAAUCCAGCAGCAGCGAGCAGAAGUGUGUCAGACUUCUGGGUGCAUGUGCACAUUUACAUGUAGAAUCUAGAAACUUCUAAUAACCAAAAACUUCAAGUAUGCCUUUUCCACACUAGUCCUCCACAAGACGGGUUAUGGAUUAAGAAGCACCCUGUGGAAUCUUAUUUCAGUUUUUCUCAUGGUCACUUUUUCUUCCAGUACAGAUUUUCACUUUUUUGCUUGAGUCAAUCAGCGCUUCACAACAUGUGCAGACUUUGGAGGAUAGCAGUUUUGCUCUGCGUCAAAUUGGCGGACUUUACAAAUGGAAAUACAGGACUCACGCCGGAAAAAGGGACAGCGGCGUCCUCUUGCUACGGGGGUUUUGACCUCUACUUUGUACUAGACAAAUCAGGAAGUGUGCAGCAUCACUGGAACGAAAUAUAUAACUUUGUGGAACAUCUGGCCCAAAAAUUCAUAAGCCCACAGUUGCGAAUGUCCUUCAUUGUAUUCUCCGAUCAGGGCAAGAUUCUGAUGCAGCUCACAGAAGACAGAGAGCAAAUUCGUAAGGGUCUGAAGGAGCUCCAGGACGUGCGGCCAGGUGGAGACACUUUUAUGCAUGAAGGCAUUCAGAGGGCAAGCGAACAGAUUUACUAUGGGAACACAGAAGGAUACCGGACAGCCAGUGUCAUCAUCGCCCUCACUGAUGGAGAGCUGCAUGAAAAUCACUUUUAUUAUGCAGAAAGAGAGGCCAAUCGCUCUCGCAGCCUCGGCGCCUCUGUGUACUGUGUAGGAGUCAAGGACUUCAAUGAGACUCAGCUGGCCAAGAUUGCUGACAGCAAGGAUCAUGUUUUUCCAGUAAAUGACGGCUUUGAAGCUUUACAAGGUGUCAUUGAUUCUAUCUUGAAGAAAUCAUGCAUAGAGAUCCUCGCAGCAGAACCAUCCAGUAUCUGUGCUGGAGAGGCAUUCCAGGUCGUUGUGAGAGGAAAUGGAUUCCUUCAUGCUAGAAAUGUGGACAAGGUCCUUUGCAGUUUCAGAAUCAAUGAAACCCUUACCAGAAUGGUGAAGCCGCUGGUAGUGGAGGACACAUACCUGCUAUGCCCAGCUCCUGUUCUUCGAGAGGAGGGAACGGCAGCUUCCCUUUAUGUUAGCAUGAACGAAGGCCUGAGUUUUAUCUCCAGUUCUGUUACAAUCACCACUGUAAAAUGUUCUGAUGGUACGAUCCUGGCCAUAGCACUGCUCAUAGUGAUGCUGCUGCUGAUUCUGGCUCUGCUGUGGUGGUUCUGGCCUCUCUGCUGCACCGUGAUUAUCCACGAGCCUCCACCACCACCAGUUGAAGACAGUUCGGAUGACGAAGAGGAUGGAAGUCCUAAGAAGAAGUGGCCCACAGUCGACGCGUCUUACUAUGGGGGAAGAGGAGUUGGUGGCAUUAAAAGAAUGGAGGUUCGCUGGGGUGAGAGGGGUUCAACCGAGGAGGGCGCUAAACUGGAAAAGGCGAAGAACGCGAGGGUGAAAAUGCCAGAGCAAGAGUUCGAAGCUACUCCUGCUCGCAUCCUAAAUAAUGGCAUGAGGAAACCACCAGGCCCUCGAAAAUGGUACUCGCCCAUAAAGGGAAAACUAGAUGCGUUGUGGGUACUUCUGAAGAAAGGAUAUGAUCGGGUGUCAAUCAUGCGACCACAACCAGGAGACAAGGGCCGCUGUAUGAACUUCACUCGCAUCAAGUCCAACCCUCCACCACGUUAUCCAUCCUACAACCAUCAUUCCUCCCCCAUCUACACGCCCCCGCGGACCCUCAACCCACCACCUCCACAGGGCCACCUGCCCCCUCCACCACGCAGUCCACCAGCCUCCCUGUCCACCAGCAUUCCUCCAGUGCCUUCAUCUCCUCCUCCCCACGCCAUCAACCCGUCUCCACCCAUUACUCCUCCUCCAUCCUAUUCUCCGCCCCCCGUCUGGUCUCCGUCUCCUACCACCCUCUACUUUGCUCCGUCCUCUCUUCCACCGUCACCCACUUCCUCCCUGCCUCCGCCUCCUCAAGCCCCGCCCCCAAGCAGAGCUCCGCCUCCAGACCGCCCACCUCCACGGCCCAGUGUGUAAUGUGGAAGUGAAUUACUUAAAGUACACAGGAACUGGAAGCUGCGGCCGUUUUUUUUCUUCGUAUUGUGACGCACUUCCUAGAGAAACAGAAUAUAAAAUGAGACAACAGUGGGCGUGGCUUGUUUUUCUCUACUACGAGCUGAUUGGAUGUAGUAAAAUUCACUCAGAAAGAUGAGGAAAAGGGUUUGGGGAGAGUUAUUACAACUAAUCAGACACCUCCUGCUCACCGUUUCUGUUUGUUGUCAACUGACAGUUGGAGGGGCGUGGUUAAGUAUGUUAGCCACACCUAUUACCUCAGACAGACGUAAUCUGAGGGAGUGCAUUAUCAGAUUUCAUUUAAAGAUUACAAGGGCAAACCAUUUGUUUUUCUCUUAAUGCCAUGCACAGAUCAAUUGUUGGCCACAAAGCUAGCGAUGUGAGCUAACAAAAUCAAUAAGGUUCGUUUUGAUUUCAUGUGGACUUUAAGAGUCAACAGGAAUAUCGAUUUUCCACACACUCCAUUGCUGUGUGGUCUAUAAAACUUGACAGAAACGCUCACCUGUGGUAUUUGCUCCUAUAAAGAACUAUGAAACGGAUUACAAGCCACCAGGAAACUCUACAGGAGCAAUCACACACUGGGGCGAUGUGAAGAAACGCAUGUACAAAAGAUCCUGUUUUUGCUCAACAGGCGCCAUUCAUAGGUUUAACCAAGCUUUGAGAACAAGCAAGCGGGCUGGUUCCAUUUAUGGAUGUUUCACUAUUACUUGCUGCGGAGGAGAUGUCCACAAAAGAGGAGAGGUAAAGCAGAGUUGUCAAAUAUGCACAUUGUUUGACUGGUGUCACCAUGCGAAGGUCUGAUCUUUAAAUGGCAAAACGAAAUAUUCUCUCUUAUUCCAUAGUGUGUGUGUAAAGCGUAUUUAAACACAGCAAGAACGCUUCCUCACGAGGUGCACGUUAAGGGGUUAAUUCACCCCAAAAAUGUUAUUCUGUUAUUACUUAUUCACUCUCAUGUCAUUUCAGUCCCCAUAGAUGAAAUCAGAGAGCUCCCUCUCAUCCUCCAUAGAUGACAAGUAGGGAUGCAACGGUUGUCUAUAAAAAAUCGUAUCGUCCCAUUGUAAUCCCACAGUUCGGUGCGCCCUGUUAUCCGCGGUUCAGAAUAUGCAUUAUUAUUAUUGGUUUGGUGACAAAAAAACAGCAACAAAGCAAAAAAUUUCCGCCUUUGUACGCUUCUGAUUAUCUGCAAUGUACAUUGCAUGUGCGAAGACCCGUCCAAUCACCUCUUAGUAUGUAAAUCUGUUGACAUCGAUUCCUCACGUGUUCGUGUGUGGAGUUACUCAGCAUGGUAAGUGAAGGAUAAAGGUCAUAUAUAUAUAUAUAUAUAUACAGUUGAAGUCAGAAUUAUUAGCCCCCCUUUGAUUUUUUUCUUUAUUAAAUAUUUCCCAAAUGAUGUUGAACAGAGCAAGGAAAUUUUCACAGUAUGUCUGAUAAUAUUUUUUCUUCUUCUUUUUUGUUUUAUUUAGGCUAGAAUAAAAGCAGUAACCUGCCUAGUUUACCUAAUUAACAGAUAGUCUACAGAACAAACCAUCGUUAUACAAAAACUUGCCUAAUUACCCUAACCUGCUUAGUUAACCUAAUUAGCCUAGUUAAGCCUUUAAAUGUCACUUUAAGCUGUGUAGAAGUGUCUUGAAAAAUAUCUAGUCAAAUAUUAUUUACUGUUAUCAUGGUGAAGAUAAAAUAAAUCAGUUAUUAGAAAUGAGUUAUUAAAACUAUUAUGUUUAGAAAUGUGCUAAAACAUCUCUCUGUUAAACAAAUAUUGGAAAAAAAAAAUAAACAGUGGGGCUAAUAAUUCAGGGGGGCUAAUAAUUAUGACUUAAACUGCGUGUUUCUAUAUAUAUAUAUAUAUAUAUAUAGCAGUGCGAUAUGGCUGUAUAUCGGCGCUGGUAGGAGGCAUGCGUUGGCUCAAGGCCACAGGCUCAGUGCCUUAGUGUCCCACCAGUGACGAUAUACAGCCAUAUCCCACUGCUACGAGUGUGAUAUUGCAUUUAUACAACAGUUCGGCAGCAUAAUCGUGUAUAUAAAUGAUGACAAAACAGGUGAUUUUGCUCACAUUUGAGGAUUAAAGGGCUGAACAGCAUGAAAUGCCAUCAGUCUACAGAGAUUUCCCAGUACUUUCCUGUUGCAAUUGCGAUAUCACAAUAAAUAACACCGAAAAAGCCAAAUCAACGCAAACACUAGCAGAUUACUAUGGUAUAAAUACAGCACUACAGCAUACAAAAGAGAGAGAUUGACUUUAGAAUGUCACUCACCUGUUCUGUAAUGAUUUCUUCAGCUGUAGUUUGAAACUUGCGCUAAAAAAAUUCAGUUUUUAAGGACUUAUUAUGCUGUCUCAGUUGCCAUCUUGUGGCGGAACAUCAACAGUCUUUGCUCUGCUGAGUAUUCAGCCAACACGCUGUAUCUCUGAAAUGAUAAAUAUUUAAAAUAAGCAGUGUCCAUAUAAACAAACUGCAUAGUCGCAAUAUAAACAUCUACAUUCUUGCCUAAAAAAAGCCUCAAAAGUACAUUAUGUUGUCCAACAGCAGUAAUAUUUGUGAAACUGUAGUCCUCUGCUUGCUCGUGUGGGCGGAGUAAUACACAAGGGUGAAGAGGAUGUACGAGUGCUGAAAUUGCUUUAAUAUCUCACGGCUAUCAGCCUAACAGAUUCGAGAACCAGAUUGAACUCUUGUAUCUAUCUAUAUAUAUACUUAAAAGGUGUAUAUAUAUAUAUAUAUAUAUGUGUGUGUGUGUGUAUAUAUAUAUAUACACUUUUUAAGUGCAGUGUUUUGCCACAGGAAGGCCGUCACUUGUUCAGGUUAUCGACAUUUAUUUGUGCAAUAGUCAUUUUGGUGGGUUUGAUUGGGUUUGAGAACGAAGUUGUGUUUGGUCUAUGAAUUUAUUAUUGAAACUCCAGACCGUGAAUAAUUAAAGGGAUCGUUUUCUUUAAAGAAAAGGUCAUCAUUCACACUUUGUAAAAACAAAAAUCUUACUGAUGAUGUACAGCAGUGUUUCCCAACCCUGUUCCUGAAGGCACACCAACAGUACACAUUUUUAAUCUCUUCCUAAUCAAGCACACCUGAAUCAACUCAUCAGAACAUCAGACUCUAAAACCUGAAGUUAAUGGAUCAGAUUAUGAAGACAUCCAACUAUGUACUGUUGGUGUGCCUCAAGGAACAGGGCUGGGAAACACUGACGUACAGUAUGUUAAGGUGUUUAUGGAGACGGACUUGAAACAUCGGAGACAAAUCUGAAAUAUAUGUAAAAUAAGCAACAGCACCUUACUUUUUGCACGUCACAGUUGUAAUGGUGUAUGUGUGCAUUUGUUUUAUUAUUAAAAAAGUACAAAUGAUCAUAUUUUUUACAUGCUGUGUGUAUAAAUGUGUAUCCCUGUGUAGGUUUGUUUUAAAUAUAAGGUUUUAUUGUGUUGUCGUUGUUUUUAUCGAGGCAUGGUUGAGAUUUUGAAUCAUAUUGAAGCACAACUUUUUAACCGCCAUGAAUAACCACAGCAGCUUUUCGCAUUGGAAAUUAUGUUUGCCAGAGAAACUAUUUACAACCCAGAGUCCACUGCAUUUGAUAUACGAGUUUGUUUUUGUCCAUAAUUACAUGGUGUAUAUAUUAUUGUCACAAUACAUCAGAUCCAACAAUCCUUUUCUUCUAAAGAGCGCUUGUCUUUUUACUCUGAGUCUGAAGUUAUUGCAGUCUCAUUAUGACUCCAAUGUUGUGUACAGAAUAUGACUCCCAAACUCUGUUUUCAUGAUGGUUUUAUGGGUAAUUAACAUCUGAGAAAUCAUAUAUGUCCGUGUUCAAUCAUAUGUUGUUGUUUUUUUUUUUCAAAGGAAUCAUGCCGAUGAAUCAUUUUCUACAUGACUCGGAACUUUAAUGCAUUUCAUGUUCUUUUGUUUCGAAAUAAAACGUCAUAAAAGUCA